GGUAAUGGAAUAGUAUCUUCCGCGUGGCAAUGUGGAAGAUGCAAGAGGCGCGAACAUUGUCACCACUUGUGGAAGGCUCAGUGUCUCGUUUGGGUGAGGAAUUGAAUUUACGUGCGGUUGUUACGCACGACAAGCGUAAAGUUUUAUUACAUAUGAGGACAGGAGACCCAUUUGUUGGAUUUGAUCAGCAAAUGCGGCAAGCUAGUGCACCCGUAGCUUCGCCUGUCUCAGAGACUAGUGCGAUGGAUGAAGACAUUGAAGAAACGCGAGAAAAAAAUGGUCUUGAGACAGUUGAUAGGCCUGAUGAUGAUGAAGAUGAUGAAGAGGAGCCUGAGGAGGAUGAAAAUAUUCAAGAUGUGAAUCGAAAUCGGACUUUAGUGAGAGAAGAUGAUGAAGAUGAUGACGAAGCUCAUGAGAGAAAUGGAAAUUAUGACGAUGAAGAUGUUGAGGUCGAUGUGUGUCGAGAAGCUGAAAGCAAUCCUAGUAGUCCAGUUGAUCUAACUGCUUCUUCUAGAACGAUAAGUGCUAAUGAACAAUUUCUUAAUCCUUUUGCAAAUCGUGCGGUUGGAUUGCAUGCCUUAUCGUGUAUUCAAUCCAGUGGUGGUAAUAGUGCUGUUCAUGGUGCAAGUGCUAAUGGUGUCAGCCAUCAUACAGCGACGGCUCCUUCUUACCUUCCUGGACAUGCAACUGGAUCUAUGACUGGAUCUAUUUGUAAUCCAGGAACUCAUUUAUCAAGAAUGAGUAAUGCAAUGGGUAGUUGUUUAACGAACACUUCACCAACUGUUCAAAAUAGCAAACGUGGACUUGCUUUCUCAGUUGAAAAUAUUCUUGAUCCUAAUAAGUUCACUGGAGGACGAGUAAUUCAUGAGAGAAUUACGUGUAGAAGACGACAAAGAACUGGAAGUGUACAGGAAGAUGGAGAUUCAAGUGGAGAGUUUGCUUCAGGAAGUGGUCAAGAAGAUGAAGGAGUUCAUGACCACGUGGAGGAAAUGGAGGAAGAGCCUGACGAUGAAGAUGAAGAUGAUGAAGACGUGGAGAUGCAGGGAGUUGACCAAGGUCGAGAAACUCCAACAGUAACUAGAGAUACUUCAUCAACGGGAUCAAAUGGUAGUAAAAAACGCCAAUCCUCAUCAUCAUCUUCAUCAUCAGGAGGGGGACAGAACCACCAAUCUUGUCAAAGUCAAUCAUCUCAAAAUGGAGGAAAUAAUUCUAAUUCAGCUGGAGGCAAACCUCGAAGAGCACGAACAGCUUUCACAUAUGAGCAACUUGUAGCUUUAGAAAAUAAAUUUAAAACAACGAGAUACCUUUCUGUUUGUGAACGGCUAAAUCUGGCACUUUCUUUGUCAUUAACUGAAACUCAAGUGAAGAUUUGGUUCCAGAAUAGAAGAACAAAGUGGAAAAAACAGAAUCCUGGUCUUGAUGUCAAUAGUCCAACUGUACCAACUACUCCCCCACAUCCAUCACCUUAUGCUCCAGCAUUUCUUUUUGCGACACAUCCUCACAGUCAUCCACAUUCCCAUUCACAUCCACAUCAACAUCCUCAUGCCCAUGUUCAUCACGCUGCACCGCCACCACCGCCUCCUCCAGGUUAUUAUCAUCAUCCUGCAGCUCCUUAUCCACCCACGGGUCCAACAUUCUUUGGUCAUCAUCUUGCUACUCCAGUUUCAGCGCCUACACCUGUUUCAUCAUCGACACCUACCACCACUGGUCUAUCUCUAUCUUCACAUGCCCAUGCACAUGCCCAUCCGCACGCGUAGCGUCCUCCGUAAAUUGUUAAAUCCUUCCCAAUAACAUGUCAUUAUAGCAGAACUCUUGUACAAUGAGUUUAAUCGAUCCUCUCGUCUCUUGUAUGCGAUGGACAAGCACGAGACAUUUGGUACCUGGCUUUCUAUCCACUCCAUUCUAAUCCUAACACUUCUGUUUAUUCCCUGAUUACCUACGUUUCUGCAGAAUCAACAUCCAAUCCUUACUGUAACAUACGUAGAUCAUCAAUCGCUUCUGGGUAAGCGAAAAAGACUUAAGUCAAAUGUGGAAAUUUAUAGACAAGCUGAUGUAGACAUCAAGUUUUAUUCAAUGACAAAAAAACUGAUGGUGAGAAUGAUAUGUGCAAAAAUAAAAUUAUACAAAGUGUGAUAAGUGAUAUUGAUAAGAGAUUUACGUAGCUGAUAUAUUUGAAGAUGAAUGUUUUGAGUAUGUGAAUUGUCACAUUCGAGAUCUGUAAAA